AUGUGUUCAAAGCUAAAAAAUAUAGUUAAACUGAUUGUUAUUUUGUGCCUCGUAGCACAAAUUACUUCAAAAUUUGAAUUUACCAAUAUCAAAUGCAGUAGUCUGGAUACACAUUUUACAGCAUUUGAGUAUUGCUACAUUAAAUCAAUAAAUCGAACUUAUAAAUAUGUUUCCAUUAAAGCGAAUUUAUUCGAAACUCCUGUGACUAAAGUAAACUUUGCCAUGUACAAAAGAGUGAAUGGUUACUUGCCGUUUCUCUACAAUAUAACAGUGGACUCAUGUCGUUUCCUGAAAAAUACCACUUCCCAACCGAUUGCAAAGUUCUUUUAUGAACUCAUCAAAUCUAACUCCAACAUAAACCACUCGUGCCCCUACAAUCAUGAUGUCAUGAUCGAAAAGUUAUCCGCUGGGUCCAUAAAUCACCAAAUACUAAACGUUUUACCAGUUCCCGAAGGUCGAUACUUGAUUCAAACUCACUGGUACGCCUACGAUAUUCUUCGAGCCAGCAUUGGGUUUUAUGGAACCAUUUCUUAA